GCAGCGGGCUUUGCAGCGGGUCUCUGCGGGAGGAGCGGAGCGGAGGAGCGGCCCUGUGCGCUUCAUGAUGCCGCUGAGCCGGGAAGCAGGAGCCGCGGGCGGCGGGCAGCCGGGUCUGCAGAGCCCGGAGCCCCGCGGCGAGGAGCCGGGCCCCGGGCCCGCAGGGUGUCGUCUCUGCGGCCUGGUGAACUGGAGGCAGAGGCCGUGCAGGACCUCAGCGCUGUGUGCUGCAGCCAACACGGGCAUGUGGUUUGUGGCCUUCAGCUCUCUCAGGGCCUACAGCCUCCUGGCCGUCCUGCUGGCCGCGCUGGUUGUCAUGGUGACCGUCAGAGACGUCGCUUGGUCCAGAUACACAGGAGCUCACUCAUGGCGCAGCAUGACUGCAAGCUGGGAGAUCAUUGACUCAGGCCAGGAUGGCCGGUCUGGGACUGGACCUCAUCUCAGCGACUCCAUCAAACUUUUCCUCCAGGAGACAUCGGCUUUCAAACAGCAAAACCCCGGCAAGUUUUGCCUGCUGGUUUGCAGUCUGUGCACCUUUCUCGCUGUCGUGGGACGCUACAUUCCAGGGAUUGUCAUCUUGUACAUUCUCGUGCUGGGCGUCUUCCUGUGGCCUCUGAUUUCAUCUCAUGACAUUGGUUUGUGGCUGGAGCCGGUUCUGCAGAAGCUGGACUUUGGCAUUGGAGAGCUCCUUCAGAAAAUCAAAGAAAACCAUGAGAAGAGAAUGAUGCAGACUCAGACUGAGGAGGGGGUGGAGUCCGACCUGUCCUCCAUGUUCCCUCAGCUCGACUCCACCGUGUGUAAGGACAUGUCCGUAUCGGACACAGAGGUGUCUGAGGUGACGUGGACGGACAACGGCACUUUCAACCUUUCAGAAGGACACACACCACAGACGGAGAACUCAGAGGACCUCGACAGAGAGGAAGCGUUCAUCGGUGGCCUCCAAGAAUUCCCUUCACUCGACAACGGCGCAACGACCAAUGGCGACGACGACGAUGACCUCGGCCUUCCCUUGCCAUUCAAAUCCAAGCAUACACCCCCUCCUCACAAAGACCAAUCCAACGACAAAGCGCUCGAAUUGGUCAACCAGAUGGCGGGAGACUUCAUCGCCGCCGCGGUUACAGCUGCCAUCCAGGAGAGAAUAGAAGCAGCGGUUGGCUUCACGGCAUUGAGCCGCGACACGGAUCGGUCCAGACUCCGGGAGUCCACCAGGCUGCUGGAGUUGGCCGAGGAGUCGGACAGCGAGGUGGAGGACUUUGAGCUGUUGGACCAGUCGGAGCUGGAGCAACUGGAGGGGGAACUGGGGCUGGAAGAGAAGAAGACCCAGGUCAAAGAGGAGGCACAUGCCAAGACGGACGGGUCGGCCUCAACUGGAUUCUUCACCAAACUCCUCAGACGCCACUGAUUGAUGAUAGAGUACGAUCGCAGGGCAGAAGGAGGAGUUCCAGAGGACAUGUGGAAGGGAGAGAAGGGGGCGUUCUGCUCACAGAAAACUGGGGUGUUAUGAGAAAACAAUGUUUCCAUUAAUCUUUUUACUGUAGUGCAAAGAUCAACAUCUGUAAAACAUGAAGGUGGAGGCGACUCUUUUCAGCCCAAUGCUGAGAUCAGACACACAAGGUCAGACACUGUUGCUUGUUUUAUCCUGCGUCGCAUCACAAAGAACAUAACUCACCAUAACUCAAGGUCCAUUAAGCCUUAAAGGUCUCGUGGUAGUGUGAAGAAAAUGGAGAAUAAUAUUCACGAGUUAGUUAAUGAGUGAAUAAUCUCCUGAAUAGUCCGCCAUGUUGCACCGUCGUGUUUCUACAGUCGCUCAGAGCCGACAGCACCGGCUCUCACAUGUCGACGUGACCUCGUCUACAUGUUUGGACGAGCGUAGGGGAAUUUGGUUGGUGGAAAUUUGCUGCUUACUCCACUAGAUGGCACUAAAAACACUACACACCGAACCUUUAAAUUAUUAAAUUGCAUUUAUAAGUAAGUAACGAAGGAAACCAUGCUGUUCCAUCCUUGCGUUAACUUAUGCAAAGUUGAGUCUGCGUGAGAGGGAGGAAACACAAGCGACAAUAAUCCAGUGAAAAUGCGGCUGCAGGUGUCACUUUUUAUUUUCAUUCAGUUUGUUUUUGAACAUUUGUUUCGUUUGCUGUUACACACUCCGACGGUUUCAGCCCGAUUCGUCUUCUGGUCAACAGAAGACUUGUAGAGUCUCACAUGUUGCAUGUUUUGUCCGGUGGGGUCCGGAAACGUUUUAGAGGUCAGUGCAGAUAAGACGUCUUCUGAGCUGAAGCUGGAAACGUGCGAGAAAAGAAAAAGAGGCGGAUGUCUCUGUCCCACUUAACGGACCGCGGAGAGAAAGACGACGAGCUUUGACCUGAGGUUGUUCAGGACAUGAUUCACCUUUUCUGACACAGUGACUAAGAUACUGUGCUGUCUGGUCCCGGCAUCGAAGCUUGCUGAUUGGCCGAGGGCUAAGAACUUGUUGUUCAUCAGUUGCUGUGGUUACGGUCGUCUUUUUACAGCACCUCUGAUCAUAUUUGAUUGUUGAGGUCAACAAGUCAAACUAUAACGUCGUUGUAAGUAAACGAGGGCAUUUGAACGUGUGUAUCGAUGUAUAUUUCAACAGCUUUAACUACCGUGCAGCACCUGCUGAAUUAACAGUGAUAUUAUCAUAGCACCGCAACGUAAAGAACUUUAAAACUCAUCCAGAGGCUGAGAAUCCACGCUUGGAAAUGCUCGUGUGACAAAAACAUUUUUAAAAGCCCCAUGACACUAAGAUCAUUUAUUUCCAUCUUGUUAUAAAACCAACAUCCUGGUAUUUUUACAUCUAAAUCUCCGUCUCUUCUUGCGUCCAAUCAGGAAGCUUUCUGGAAUUGUUUACUUCCUCCUUGUGACAAUACAUUACGACAGUUAGACACAAGGAGCUACGCUGUCCCGUUCAUCGCUUACAUCCGAAGUCGAAGACGGCGAGAAGUCUCCAUGACGAGCUGCCGGUUACUGUCGACUCUGCCACAGGGGGGCGUGACGCACAUGCAGCGCUAUUAGCCAAUCAACAUCCACGACGGUUCCCUCCAUAGCUUCGUGUUGUUAGUAAAUAUGUAGAAUCCAGUGGCGCUCUGACAAACGUGAUAGUUGAUAUUAUAAAAACUUAUUUUGUAAGAUUAAAACUGUGUUACAUGAAUUAAUCAUAAUUUAUACACUUUAAAUGUCCCUUAAAUCUGCUUACAACUCGUUUAUAGUUUGUUAUAAAACUUUUAAUGACGACACACUGCUGAUGAAUGCUGGGUGAAAAUACAGGGUUAGAAUUACGUGUUGCCGUUCAAAUGUAUUGAUAUUAUAUUUAAAUCUGAAAGUAACAAGCUCAAUGAAAAACAGAACAGAAAACAUGCAUUUCCCUAAAUGUUGGGGAAUACACGCUUUACUCAAUAUGUAACGUGAACAGCAUAAUAGUGUAAAAUGUGUUUGAGCUGCUGAGCUGAGAUGAAGAGACUUCUCCUGUCAUGUAUGAUCAUUCAAACUGAUUGGAUUUAGUUUGACAUCACUCAAACUACACAGGAAACAGCUCACAACCACAGACGUGACUUUUCCUCUCUGUUGCUGAAUUGAUUCAUUCGACUACAUUACCCACAAUUCAUCUUUUCAGCAUUACACACUUCUGCUGGUUGGAUUGUCGAGGUUUAAAAGUAGGAACACUUUUAUUUAACGACAACAAAACUCAAAAUACUAUGCAUGCAGAUCUCGUUUUGAGACUUAAACUUAUGAAAACAAAACGUUUAGCUUCCAGUGCUUCCACACGUCAUUGGGCACAGGUUUUGAGAACUGAACAUGACAAAUAGAGCAUAUCUCUGGGGUGAGGGGUGAGGGGUGUUCAGCUGCAACACGACACUUCACCACUAGGUGUCACUGAAUCCUACACACUGAACCUUUAAGUCACCGGUAUUCUAACCAAUCAUGUUCAGUAUACUUUCAGGUCCUGAAUAAAAUCACAGGCCAAACAGUCCCGGUUGCAUUCAGACCCGAUCCCGGGUGCAGUCGACCUUACAACCGAGCCAGGGACAGAAUACAUGUGACGCUCUGGAGGCAUCGUCACGCUCAAUCAGUACAAGUCCUUUUUCACGCACUUUACGCUUCACACCCACCGCCUGCCUUUAAAAACGCGUUUUUCCCCUUUGAGGACGUUCGAAGCAGAGAUGGAACGGGAACCAACCCGAUGUGAUUACACCAAAAGCAACGAGUGCCUGCCAAGUUGUAGCUGCUUCAUGAACCCGUGAAGUUUCCUGCCCCUCGUGUCGUUUACUGUGUGAUUCAAAAUGAGUGUCGAUGCACUGAAAGUUAAAUGUUGAGACGCUGGAUUUUCAUUUGCACCUUAAUGAUUAUUUAACGAUGCACCAGGUUGAGGAGUCGUCACUGAAUGAGGAGGAGGAGGGACUGAACUCCUUUAACAUGCCUUGUACCUGAAGACGUUCUUUUAAUAUUUAACACGUGCAGUUCAACGUAUCCUCUUGAAUUCAUGAUGUAAUGCCGUGUCCUAGCAUAACUAUAAAGACGUGUUCAUCAGUGCCUCUGAGGGCUUCGUAGUGGCUGCAGUUUCCUGUGUCGUAACCGUAUAAGACAAAGACAACGUCAGGAUUCACCAACUCUGCUUAAGAAGCUUUUCUAAGUUUCCGACUAAUAAAAUGGUUCAUUUUUUUGUUCAUUAACCUUCCAGUUGUAUCAAAGUGGCUUCCAGGCACUUGCAGAGAGACACAUUGAGCCCGUUUCAGGAAGUUCUUGGUGGGUCGGAACCAAUAUGCAUUAACAAAAUGUACUUGUGUGUAUUUAAACUCAAGAUCAAUAAAAUGUUGUAAAGCCA